AUGGCCGUGGGCAUCCUGCCCACGCUGAGGAGCCUGCAUACUGCGCUCCGCGGCAGCGGCACCAUGUUGCGAGACUGGAUCCCGAUUGACGACCCCUUCAACCUGCAGAUCAAGCUGGGCACACUCGUCGGCAUCUGGAUGUGCGUGUACUUGGGGGCCAACCUCGCAAUCAUCGGCGCGGUGGCAAACGGAGUGCGCCUCCAGGAGGACACGUUCCGCGCGUGGGGGCUGACCGAAGAGCAGAUGUGGUCCGGCACGCCCGUGGUCAAUCAGCUCCUGACAUUCAAGAAUUUCACCGGCCUCCUUGGUUUGGUGCUGCUGGUCUUGUUGUUCGUGUCAGCUCUGCCCAGGUUCGACUACGCGCAGAAGAUCUAUCCGUGCUUCAGGCUCUGCGGCGGCUUCAAGUGUUACGAGCGGACGCACAUGCUGUGGCCGCUGUUCUACCUGAUCAUGAUACUGCACGGUACGUCCCGGCUCUACGUGUGGCUCUUCUUUCCCCUGGCCUGCUACGUCCUCGACAAGCUGCUCCUCCUGCAGCGGCAGCUCUACCCCGUGGUGCUGUUCAGCGCGCGGCUGGUCGGCCGGGACAUACUGCACCUGGCCCUGGAGGUCCCGGAGGGGUUCUCCUAUACGGAAGGCUGGCCAGUACAUCCUCCUGUAUUGGCGCGGGGAGUGGCACCCGUUCACGCUGACCUCCGCGCCCGAGGAGCGGCUCCUGUCGGUGCACCUGCGGGCGCCGCCGGAGUACGACUGGUGCGCCGCGCUGCGCCAGCGCGUCCUGGUGGACGCCCCGAGGGCGGCGAGCGCCCGUGCGAGCGCGUCGGAGCCCGCGCCGGGCUUCGCCGUGGAGUACGAGCCCCUGGUGCUGCCGAGCGGCACGGUCAGCGUGCCGCGGAGCCAGACGUCCAAGGAUGCCCCCGAGAGGGCCACCGCCCGCCACGUGGACGAGCCCAUCGUCCUGCAGAUGGUGCGGCCGGAGGACCCUCCAGGACGCCGGGGACACGGUGGCCGUGA